UCCUGUCGAAGCAAAACUACAUUUGCUUAGUUGAUUAGUCAGUUAAUACCAGUUACACUCGAUAUCAUUAGACACAUUUAAUUUUUAGAAAUGGACACAAAACAUAUUGUAAUUAAAAAAGGAGACACUAUCCGUAAUAACUGGACCAGGUACAAGGUACAGAAGGUCCUGGGGCAGGGGUCUUUUGGAAAAGUGGUUGCAUGCUUAAAAUCAAACAAAAAGGAGCCGAUAGCUGUCAAAAUUGUGCAGAAAAGACUGGCUGUUAGUACUGAAUGGGAGAAGUCCAUUCAUAAUAUGCUUGAAGCUAAGCUUGAUGUCAGUAAGAGUAACCUGGUCAAGUUUAUAGAGUGUUUCACGUAUCGGGGAUAUAUCUGUCUGGUCUUUGAAUUGUUGGAUAAAAGUCUUUUUGAUCUGAUGGUUGCAAGGAACUUUAAGCCACUGCAUUUGUCUGCUAUUAGAGUGAUCACACAGCAGAUGUUGGUGGCUCUGAAUGCCCUAAAGAGCAUCGGUGUGGCACAUAGAGACAUAAAACUAGACAAUAUAAUGCUGGUUAAUCAUGAGUUGUUUCCCUUCAAAGUGAGACUUAUUGAUUUUGGGCUAGCCAUACCUGUUGACAGAAUGAAGCCUGGCCAAGUGAUUCAGGCUCUUCCUUGGAGGGCCCCAGAGGUUAUUUUGGGUCUCCCAAUGAAUGAGGGCAUCGACAUGUGGACAGUUGGCUGUGUUAUGGCCUUCGGGCAUCUUGGUAAGCACCUCUACCCAAACAGUUGUGAGUAUGAAGUGAUGAGCUAUAUGGUGGACUUGCUGGGUGCACCCGAAAAUCCCCUGCUGGACAGUGGGAUUCGGACGUCCUAUUUUUUUAUCAAGAACAACAAUUCCCCCAGUGCAUGGAGGCUGAAAACAAAAGCCGAAUAUAGUGGUGUAAAAUAUUUGCGGAAUCAGUCCCAAUCCCAUCGCAUCCCAAGAUCUCUUGAUGACAUAGUUAAAACCCCUGAAAAAGCGAGGGAUGGGACAGAGAAUGAAGACAGGCGGGCCUUUGUAAGCAUGCUUAAACGCAUUUUCUGCAUAAACUCAAAAAAAAGAAUCACCCCUAUUGCAGCAUUAGGGCACCGAUUCAUCACUAUGAAGCAUUUUGGUAGUGACACUAAUGACAAUGAUUAUGUAAAAUCAUCCCAUCUGACAGUGAAAAACUGCCAGCUGGAGCAGUCAUCAGUUGAAUUCAGACAGUUUGUGACAUCCAGUGAAGCCACUGCAGACAAAAACAAGAAACCACCUUCCCCUGUUAAUUACAAUUUGGAUGGGAUUAAGACUACUACUGAUGAGACACCACAAGACUUAGUGGAAGUGAAAACCCGGAAGAGGUGGUUAUUAAGUGCCAGAAAACUUGUAUCCUGCUCAAACAACAGCAACAACAGCCCAGUCACAUCUGACUCAGAUGUGAAAAACCGUCAGCUGGAGCUGUCAUCAGUUAAAUUAACACCAUUUCUGACAUCCAGUGAAGCCACUCCAGACAAUAAUAAGAAACCACCUUCCCCUGUUAAUUACAAUUUGGAUGGGAUUAAGGCUACUACUGAUGAGACACUACAAGACUUAGUGGAAGUGAAAACCCAGAAGAAGUGGUUAUUAAGUGCCAGAAAACUUGUAUCCCGGUCAAACAACAGCAACAACAGCCCAGUCACAUCUGACUCAGAUGUGAAAAACUGCCAGCUGGAGCUGACAUCAGUUAAAUUAACACCAUUUCUGACAUCCAGUAAAGCCACUUCAGACAAUAAUAAGAAACCACCUUCCCCUGUUAAUUACAAUUUGGAUGGGAUUAAGGCUACCACUGAUGAGACACCACAAGACUUAGUGGAAGUGAAAACCCGGAAGAGGUUAUUAAGUGCCAGUAAACUUGUAUCCCGCUCAAACAACAGCAACAACAGCCCAGUCACAUCUGACUCAAAUGCCACCUCCUCUGACUCGGAUGCCACCUCCUCUGACUCAAAUGACACCUCCUCUGACUCAGAUGCCACCUCCUCUGACUCAAAUGACACCUCCUCUGACUCAGAUGAUGCCUCUGGUAUGAAUACCAACAAAAGAUCCUCAGAUUUUGUUGUGGUUAGAAGCAAAAUAAAGUGGUUAAAGAGGAUCAGAGGAUUCUUCUCAAGAAUCAUCUCCAAGUGUGUAUGUUGCGGACACAUAACAAACUAGAAAUGCAGUUCAUUGUUGGACGUAAAAAAAUGGAUAAUGGAUAUAUAUAUAUAUAUAUGGGUUUACUCCAGGUGCUCUGGUUUCCCCACACAAUCUAAAGAAAAAAAAAAACAUUAAAAAAAA